UAGAGUUCAUGAAAGAAGACUGAGAACAUGAGUGACCCAGAAUCCUGCAGAAUGGAACAUGAAGAUCCUGAAGAACAAAGAGAUCUGAUGGAAGAGAGCGAGGAGAGCGAAGAUCUGAGUGAAGCGGAGCAGAAACAUCAUGCCAAAACUGGUCAUUUGAGUCGCUCACAGACUAAAAGCAAUGUCUUACAGAGAAGAACAGCCAAAAAGCACACUUGUCCUCAGUGUGGAAAGAGUUACCUAAACAAACAAAGUCUUAAACUUCACAUGAAAGUUCACACUGGAGAGAAGCCUUACACUUGUGAUCAGUGUGGGAAGAGUUUCACACAAAAAGGACACUUUAACGUACACAUGAAAAGCCACAGUGGAGAGAAGCCACACGCAUGUGAUCAGUGUGGGAAGAGUUUCACACAAAAAGGAACCCUUAAUGAACACAUGAAAGUCCACACUGGAGAGAAGCCUUACACGUGUGAUCAAUGCGGGAGGAGUUUCACUCAAAACAAUGCCUUAAAGGAUCACAUGAGAAUCCACACCGGAGAGAAGCCUUUUAAAUGUGGUCAGUGCGGGAAGAGUUUUGCUUACAAAAAAGUUUUAAAAGUUCACUUGAGAAGUCAUAGUGGAGUGAAGCCGUACACAUGUGAUCAAUGUGGGAAGAGUUUCGGAAUGAAAAUAACCCUUACUGGACACAUGAGGAUCCACACUGGAGAGAAGCCAUAUACUUGUGAUAAGUGUUGGAAGAGUUUUGCAAAUCUAAGCAAUUUUAAAACACAUCUGAAUUUUCAUUCUGGAGUAAGACCAUAUAACUGUGAUCAGUGUGGAAAAAGCUUUUUUGGGGCAAAAUCCCUGAAGGAGCAUCUGAAAGUUCAUACAAAGGAGGAACCUCACAUGUGUUCUUUGUGUGGAAAGAGUUUUGGUCAGCUGCAACAUUUAAAAAAUCACCAGAAAAGACACAGCGGUGUGAAGAAUCAUAUGUGCUUUGAUUGCGGGAAGACCUUUGUUAGAGAUGCUGAACUCAAACUGCACCAGAGAAGUCACACUGGAGAAAAACCUUACAAGUGUUCACACUGUGACAAGAGAUUCAGUCAUUAUGGAUCUUGGAAAAGACAUGAGAGGACCCACACUGGAGAGAAGCCGUAUCACUGCUCUUCAUGUGGGAAAAGUUUCACUCAAUCAUCUUCUCUUCUCCGUCAUACAAAAAAUAUAUGUCUGAAAUCGAGUCAUUAAAAGCUAGUA